GGAAAACUAGCCAUGAGGGUCUGAGCUUCGAGAUUUCCAACUUAGACUUAGGAUUCAUAAAUCCACGCUGUGCGGCAGGUUGAUGUAGAUUUCUAUCCACCAUCAUUUUUGGACUGUAUGGUGAAGCUCACUAACACUAUUGCUCCGACUCUUGCAGUUCUCGAGGUCAAGAUGGGAGCGUUCAUGUCCGGAGUUCGAGAGCUGUGGCUGGAAUAUAUCAAAGAUAUGCCUGCUGAGUGCACGUCUAGACAGGCUGAGGUAUAUCAACGUUACAUUUCUGCAUGUCUAUAGGAACAAAAAAAUCGAGUGACAGAGAAGGAUAUCACUAUGGCUGAUUACCUCACCCUUCGACGAGGUGCCGGGUGUGUGCCGGCGUUUCUUGUGUUCGUAGAUCGGAUCAUUGAGCAUAAAAGAGCAAACCGUCUUCCCGACAGCUUGUUCUACGGAGAAGAUAUGCAGAAUCUGCUGGCCGCCUGUUCUGACAUCGUAUGUUGGCAUAAUGACAUUUUCAGUUUCCAGAGGGUACGUUCAGCGUAGCACACUCCGCAUCAUAUGUGUCUACCACAUUCACACGGCCCGACGUGUGACUUUGAACUACAACCUUCUUUGACG